CAUGUUUGAAUUCUCUUGUAAAUUAUUCUAUAGAGUUUUAUGGUUUUUUAAUAUCUUCAAGAGGUUUUCAUUUUGAGCUGAACAUGUCAGCUUGCUUAUACACGCUUUGUGAAGUAGUGGUUUGCACAUCAUGAUGUUUCUUUUAUCAUUCCAGAUUCUCAAGUCAAUAUAAGCAAACCAAUUAAGUCAUGGCUAAUGUGAGAUUAUGCGGUUUGAAGCCAUGUUUCUUUGGACGAAAGUCAUGUGUUUCUGAGUCAAUGAAAAGCUCUACCUCGCCCAGGAAGGCUUCUAUGGCUCAGGAUGAAGGGAAAGGAGAAUCAGUUGAGUGGUCAUUUGUUGGUGCGAACCAAUUGAUUUUAAUGAUGAAGAUCCAUAAGAAGAUCUUUGUAUUCAGGGACAUCUUGGACCUUGCUCCUCUAAAUAGUUCUGCUUCCUUACGUGAGAUGGUUAUUACAACCCUGGAAGAUCUUCAAAGGCUUUACCCGGGGAUCAUACCAAGCAAAAUAGUGUCAGAUAUCAAGGACAAAUCCAUAGAUCAGGGUCUUGCCUACUUUUGCGAGGCUUUAAAGUCUAUUGGAGAGUCUUGGAUAAUGGACUAUGAUCGUCUGGGAAAAAGCAAAUAUGAGUUACCAUCUUGUAAAGAUAACAUCAAUAUGAAGAAACGGGGUGAAACUAUGUUGACCACACUUGAUUGUUUGAUUAAGAUUGCAAAUGAGAAGUUUGAUAUCAUGGAAGAGGAUGAGCCAAAAAAAGAAAUCACUUCACCAUCUGACUCCUGUGGAAAAGUUUUAUCCAGCUCCAACUCCUUUUCAGAUGGCAGCCGUUCCCCUAUUACACCGAAAUCUGUCCUCCCAGAAUCCAUGACCUCAGGAUAUUCUAGAUCCACAGCACUUUGGUCUCUCAAAAUUCAAGCACUGGGAAAACUGAACCCAAUUGAUUUAAAGCGCUUAUAUUACCACAUGUCACCACCACACAUGGAAGCUCAUAAGAUAGAGAAGGAACCAACAAUGAACAUGGAAAUAAUAGAUCCCAUAGCUAAAAGUCCUGGAAAAAACAUAUCACAAGAUAUAGUUCUUCACUUGGACUUGGACACUAUUAGUGAUCAUGGAGAAACAUAUGAUAGACCUCAAGCAAUGGAAGAAGUGGGGAAACUAUUAGUAGCUUCCAAACCAUUAGAAACACCAACCCUGCAGCAAAAAGCAAUAGGGUCGGUAUCAUCAUCACUGUCACCACCACUAACACCUAUUCCAACACCUCCACCACCACCCGUUCCCACAACAUGCACUAUCCCAUUACCACCUCCAAUGCUAACACCACCUGUGUUGCAGCCAAACAUGACAAUGUCAUCACCGCAGCCGUCUUUGGUCUCAAGUUCAGCAGUAGUACUACCACCUCCACCACCAGUACCAUUCAAAGCUGGAUCAGCUCCUGCACCUCCACCACCAAUGCCACGUGGAAGUGGAGCUCCUGCUGCUCUACCACCUCCUCCACCUGGAGCAGGAAGAUCCUUGAGGCCUAAAGCAACUACCAAACUGAAAAGGUCAACACAAUUAGGCAACCUGUAUAGAACUCUCAAGGGAAAAGUGGAAGGAUCUAGCCUCAAAGGAAAAUCAUCUGGUGGGAGAACAAGUGCAAUUGGAGCAGGAACUAGUGGCAAACAAGGAAUGGCUGAUGCACUAGCAGAGAUGGCAAAAAGAUCAGCUUACUUUCAACAAAUAGAAGAAGAUGCCCAGAGGUACACAAACCAGAUCAUAGAACUGAGAUCCGCUAUUACCAAUUUCAAGACAAAGGAUAUGACAGAACUUAUUGAGUUCCAUAAAGAUGUUGAAUCCGUUCUUGAGAAUCUAACUGAUGAGUCACAAGUGCUAUCUCGGUUUGAAGGUUUUCCCACGAAGAAGUUAGAAGCUAUGAGAAUGGCAGCCGCGCUUUAUCUUAGGAUGGAUUCAAUACUUACUGAGCUUCAAAAUUGGAAAAUAGUGACUCCAGUGGGUCAAUUCCUUGACAAGAUUGAGUGUUAUUUCAAUAAGAUAAAAACAGAAUUAGAUUCUUUGGAGCGAACCAAAGAUGAAGAAUCCAAGAAAUUCAAGGGCCACAACAUCGAAUUCGACUUCUACAUUCUUAUAAAAAUCAAAGAAGCAACGGUGGAUGUUUCCUCCAAUUGCAUGGAGUUAGCACUGAAGGAGAGGCGCAAUGAUGCUGCUACAAAAGAUUCAUCAGGAUCAAACAUUAGUGAUGCAAAAAGAAAAGAAUAUGCUAAGUUGCUUUGGAGGGCCUUCCAAUUUGCAUUUCGGGUCUAUACAUUUGCUGGUGGACAUGAUGAUCGUGCUGACAAUCUGACAAGAGAAUUGGCUCAAGAAAUUGAGAGUCAUCCGAACCAGCCUUGAUCUUGAACAAACGUUUGCUCCAAGUCCUAAUCCAUAUGUGUAUGAAAUGAUUAUUGGAGAAAGAGUCAUAACUUCGUAUAGGAGCUAGUGUUGAUUAAUUGCGGGAACUCUAGCUACUCCUAUUGGCCGGUGUUUUUAAGUAAUGAGUUCCUCCUUCAGAGUUAUCA